AUGUCUCACCGAGUACGGAAACGCAUCAUCGCAUGUGUCGAUGGCACAUGGUACGACGCAGAUGGACAAGAAGGACAAGCGAAUGGAAACAACACCAAUAUUUUUCGAAUUUUUGCCUCGAUCGGCCGCGGUGCUGUCAAAGAUGAGCAUGGCGAGACCAUUGAGCAGAUCAUCCAAUAUUUCCCAGGCAUUGGAACCAAUGAGAAAUCUUUCAGAAAAUGGAACUCUGGUGUGACUGGCGACGGCUAUGCAGAGCAAAUUGCCGAAGUCUACAAGUACUGCUGUCGCAAUAUCGUAAAUCCGGAAGACGAUCUCUGGUUCUACGGUUUCAGCCGUGGUGCAUAUGUCGUGACCGUAGUCGCUGGUCUGCUGGAAACCAUAGGAGCUUUGCCAUAUGACGACAACUUUCAGGAAACAUACAAGAAGGCAUGGGACUUGCAUAAGCUGAUACAGAAAGGCUGUCUGGGAGGAAACGAGGGAAAGGCAUCUCUUCGCGAUGAUAAAUCGAGAAGUUGCCCCAAGAUCGGUUUCAUGGGCCUCCUUGACACUGUCAAGCGCGUCAGUAACGAUCCUGAUACGAAAGCACAUACAUUGGCCUUCCACAACUCUGUGAAGCAUGUUUGUCAUGCUCUCGCUCUGAACGAUACACGCUUUCACUACACACCCGAGUUGUAUGGCCCAAUCGCCGACAGUGAUUCACUCCAAGGUCGAUCCCUGAUUGAAGCUUGGUUUGUGGGUGCGCACUCUGAUAUUGGAGGCGGAGCUCGAGAUGAUGGGCUCUCGUUGUAUCCUCUCCAGUGGCUACUGAUUGAGAGCCAGCACCACGGUCUCAUUUUGCAGCACAACUCUCAAAGAAUGCUGAUCGAGGAUCCUUUGUCCUUGGUCUUUCCAUCCCGGAGGCAAGACCCGCCUACUGAUCAAGACGCUGGCGCGGGAGACCUGUGGACGUACCAGUAUGCCAACGGCAUCAAAGUUCAGAUGCACGACUUGAGGUCAUCUCAUAACCAUGGAAACAUGCAAACUGUACCGACGAAGUUGACAAAGAAGUGGUCUGGCUUCGAGAAUACUUACAAGUCAAGAUCGAGUUCAAUCGCGACCACAUCGAGUAAUGCAACCACUGCAGGAAAAAGUGGUUUCUUGAAAGGAUUAUUUGGGAGAAAGAAGUCAACAGACACCUCAUCAUACUCGACAGCACCGCGAGACUACGAGACGGCCGAUGAAGCAAGUAGUUUCGCACCAGUUCGACAUCUUAUCCGAUUGCAUUCAGGUUUUCCCCACAUUCUUUACCAACAAAACCGCAAUCCAUUCAAAGACGGUAAACUACAAGGCUACUCUGAGAGACCUUUUGGCUGUAUCAUCCAUCCUUCAGUCUACCUGAUCAUGGAUGUUUACGCCCGUUUCGGAAUUGAAUUAGCGAUGAAGCCAUUCGCGAAAGACAUUAAUCGAUUCCGCAAUGAGCAGCAUCCUAACAUGAGAGAUCCAUGGCUAACAUUGCAAACGGAAACUUCACCGCAAACCAGUGUCAAAGCAUGUCGUAUACUCGUGUGUGGCCGCACAGGAGUCGGGAAAUCCACUCUGAUCAACAAAGUCUUUGGUGUGCCGAUGACUAUCGAAUCGCAUAUGAAACAGGGAGACCACAAUAUCAAUGAAGCUUUUGAAUCUGAACAUCAUCCUGGGAUCAUCAUCCACGAUUCUCGAGGCUUCCAAGCGGGAGACACCAGAGAAUUGGGCCAGUUCCAGGACUUUAUCAAAAAGCGUUCAGGAAUUUCUAAUCCGAAGGAGAGCCUUCACGCCAUUUGGAUAUGCAUGCAAACAGACACAGACCGAGUGGUCCAAACCUCCGAGAACGAGAUCUUCAAGAUCCUAGCCAAGUAUGCGGCACACAUUCCCAUCAUCAUUGUCGGAACGAAAAAGGACAACUUUCUGAACCAACAGGAGACUGUAGCUCGAAGGGAUCUGAAGAAGAGCGGCGUAUCUGACUGGGAUGCUCUGGACAAUCAAAGCCGAGAAAGAGCGGAACAGAAUCUCGAAGCAAGACGAGAAGAGGUUAAAGAGGAGCUUCGAAAGAUACCGAACCUCAAUCUCGAUUCGAUCGAGUUCUUGCACGUGUCUAAAGACGAUGAUGAAUCCAUCCGACGCCUGGUGGAUCAAACUCUCGAGCUGAUCACCAACGACGAAGCACGGCUCAGAUGCAUCGCAGCACAAGUCGUUGACACGGAAGCCAAAGUAAAACGGGCAAUAGACGAAAGCAUCCGUCUCCUUCGGCAUGGGAUUCGCACGUCGUCAGUAGCCGCAGUAACAGUCGUCGGCUCUAGUAUCUCAACACCAACGAUAUCCAGAAUUCUAUGCGACAACAUCCUAAAAUGCUUUGGUUUUCCAAAAAUCGACCCAGCAAGCGUCAACAACAUCAUGAAUAAGAUCAUAGGUUGGAAUCUGUAUGGCUUUCUCGCGCAACAGAUCGGUCAAAGCGUCACUCUAGGCACCACUGUCGCUGUCUUCUGCAUUUUCUCUCUGGGAGGAGCUCUUCCUUUGGUGGCUGCACUAUCACUGCUCGAAGUUCCCACAGCUGGCCGUAUGAUUGUCAAAUGCGCCUGUGACUUGAUCCUCAUCCUUGACCGAGCAUUCAAACACGGAGGCAAGUUCGUCACAAGCAAAGACAUCAAGCUGGCCUGUCACGAGUACGUGGCCACAACACUGCAGGGCGGCUGGUCUAAACGAAGACAAGUACAUGCCCAGGUCAAAGGCCUGAUACCUAUGGCGUCCAAGAAAUUCAGCGCUGUGCGAAUAUCUGUCAUUAAGGUUGGUAUGGAAGAGAUUAUAGAGAAUAAUCGCUGGAGCCCGAGUGAAGUGACCAAUCGCACGGAUUCAGGGCUCGACUUGGUGACGACACCUAAAUUGAGUCUAGAGUCUCUGAGGGAUGAGAACGAGUUGGCGGACUUGUUUACAAGCGACAGCGCGUAG